CAUAGCCAGUCCCGGCUUGAAGCUUUCACUUUCGAGCGGGAAAGUGCCAAGAACGGGUGUUUUCUAUUUUGCCAUGGUUAGAAUAACAGCUUACGUCCACACACCGGUGUACAAUUAUAGUCACAAAUAUCGCAACUUGGAUAAAAUAAGCAAGGAUGUGAAGCAUUUUUUGGAGGAAUAUGAUCAAAUCAUACUGCAUAAGGAUCUGUAUAGGAGUGUAUUUCAUAGCUACCUUCGCGAUAUUCGAUCAAAAGUCCAGCAGCUCUUGAUGAAAUUCGAAGCAUCACCCUAUGACGAUGGUCGAGGAAAUUCAAGGAAGGAACUGUUCUGUUGUGGACUAUCAUUUCACGAUGCCGGGGACCUCAGAAGCCACUAUCGCGCAGUUCAUAAUGAACCAUUUGUUCGAUUUACAAAUGUACUUGAGCUUAAAUCAGCGUUUGGAAAACUGGAUCACAUGCGUCAUCGGUUGAAUGAGUAUAUCAAUUUUGGCAAGGAGUACACCCUCAGUCUGUUGAUUGAUCUGAAGAGAGUUCUAAAGAAAAUAACCAAUUCAUUGAAGUUUUGACGAAUAAAAUAUUGAACGAACAGUAAACUGUCUAA